UGAGAGGGCGGCAGGUGGCAGAGGCGGGAUCCGUCGCCGAGCAGCAGCCAAGCGGCUGGAGGACGGAGCGGGCUGGGCUGAGGUGAUGGCAGAGCCGGGUUAUCGGCCGGUGUCGCGGCGUGACUCUCGCUCCUUGGCCGGCUACAAGCAUGCCUGUCACGCCAUGUUAUACGCGGCGGAGCCUGGAAAACUCUUCGGCAAAAUCCCCCUUAGAUAUGCGGUGUUGAUGCAGAUGCGGUUCGACGGGAAGAUUGGUUUCCCGGGCGGCUUUGUGGAUCCCCGGGAUAACACCCUGGAAGAAGGACUGAACCGCGAGCUGGGCGAGGAGCUUGGUUGGGACGGCAAGGGUCUGCAGAUCACGGAGGUGGACUAUGCCAGCUCCCACGCCACUGAGGCACUCCCCCAGAAGGUGGUGGCCCACUUCUUCACCAAGAGGAUCUCCGUGGAGGAACUACGCAAGGUGGAAAUGUGCGCCGUCCAGGCGAAAGACCAUGGGCGUGAGGUGCUGGGAAUCAUCCGCGUGCCCCUCUACACCCUGCGGGACGGCUUUGGGGGACUACCAGCCUUCCUGACCAACACUUUCAUCGGCAACGCCAAGGAGCAGCUGGUCGAGGCCUUGCGCAGGCUGAGGCUGGUGAACGAGCCAGAGCUGCAGGCAGCCAUCUCCGCCAGUCGGGUCGGGUAGGAGCUUGGUGGUGGCGGUACCCCCAAGUGUUUGGUCCCCCCACUCCCGUAAAUCCAGGACAGUACACUGCAUGUUGUGGCAAACUACAGUGUUUGUAACGCGGUUGAUUUCUUUUCCUAUUGUCUAUUGUGCGCAUGCCACAUGCUGGGAGUGAGUCGUACAGGCUCGGGGGUGGGGGGGGGCUGGGUCGUAUUUGUACAUCACGUGCCCCCAUGCUCCACAGUCUCUGUCUCUGCCUGGCGCUGAGUGACGGCAGGGCAUACGGGGAACCGGUUUGCAGUGUCCACCCUUUGAAUCUUAGAUACCCAUAGGAGUGGGCAGUGGAGUCUGGUUCAGGGUCUCACCUAUGAGAACUCUGAUUAAGCCACGCUUCCUCUUCUGAUGAGGCUAUGCCACAACCUCCACCUUGUCAAAGUGCAGAUCUUCCACCUCACUGCUACUCUGAAGGUGUAGUCCUCUUUCCCUCCAUGGAAGAAUUGACUUGUGUUCCCUCCUGACAGUGUUGGUUCACUCUUGUGAAUCAGGAUAGUUAUCCGUGUGUUGAUUUUGCAUCAUUAUCCCUGCCUUGUUUGAGCAGGGCAUUACAACAUGGCCCAAGAGUUGGUGGGGGGGGGGGGGGGGCAUCACAGGCCAUUCUGCCUGCAAGUAGACUGAGUGACCAAUGCUUCUGGCUCGCUGGGCUGUGAGGGACGUGUGGUGUCACAGUUAUGGAGGGUGGGGAGAGCACGGGGCCAGACGGCUGUCUCCAUUGUCUGUUUGGAAGGUGUGGAGUGGUGAUGGGGGUUGCUGCCUGGCAGUGGGGCAGUCACCGUGCAUGUUGGCCACCAGUGUGAGUGUGAGCCCAGAAUUUGUUACUUUGGUGUCUCUGUGAAAGCUUGAGAGAUGAAAUAAAGAUACAAACAAUGACCCUCUGUUUCACCACGUUUCUUACUGUGCAUCGCAGCAGCUAGUAGAGUUCUGGUUUGAUCCUGACUCCCAGUGCUCUCUGCGUGGAGUUUGCACAUUCUUCCUAUGACCGCAAAUUAACAUCGGGGAUGAGGUGACAGCACUGACAGGUGCUCACAGCAGCUUGGAGGAGGUGUAAUUCCUGGAGGUCCCCUUUUCACAGAGCACAAAGUGGGCACGGGAACUCAGUAACUUCCGACCAAAUGUGUAACAGAUGGGCAUCAAAUGAUUAUGUGGAUAGUGAUAGGUGGUUGCAGAGAUGGGAAGGGGUGGAGGAGCUAGAGAGUGUUAGAAAGAGAGCUGUGUAGAGGAAGUGAUGGAGUGGGUUUUAGGAGGUUGAAGGGAUUACAGGGAUGGGGAUGAAUGUUAGGGCUGGAUAUUAGCAAGGGGAAAGGCAGGAGAGGAGGUUACAGGGAUGAGAAGGUGAGUAAGAGCUAGAAAGCCUGAGUUGCCAACCUGAGGUCCACUGACCCCUUGGUUAAUGGUAGAGGGUCCAUGUUAUUUUUUUAAAAAAUGAGAAUUCCUGGGCUAGAGAGUGCUACUUCAAUCGGGAGGGGUGUAGUGGGUUCAUGAAUCAGGUUUGUGGGUUGGAAGGGGUUACAGAGAUCAGGAGUGGUGUAGAGGCUUCGAGUCCCUGAGCAAUACAGCACAGAUACAGGCCCUUUGUUCAUCACUUCGCAAGUUAUCUUUGUUGAAAUCCAUUUUCCACUCCUCGCCCCACUUCCCUAACUGAUCAAGAUUCCCUUUCUUACCUACCGGGAUUUCUGGGAUCAUUUUGGCCGCAGUAUGCAUUCCACCUCAGGCCAAUGUUAGUCAGGCUUUAGAUGAUCUGAGCAAUGAGAUCAACGUGUACGAAACAGCGCAGACUAAUGCCUUUAUCGUUUUGGGGGACUUUAACCAGGCCAAUCUGAAAAAAUCAUUAAUCCACUACCG